AAAUGGCUUUUUGUUGUGCUGCCGGCGUGGGGGGGGCCGGGGGACCGGAGGGAGCGUGUCUGCGCGGGGAGCGCGAGCGCGGUGCCUCCCGCCAGCGCCGAGCACGAGUUGCCGGCUCCCUCGGAGAGAAAAGGGAAGGAGGAAAAGUUGGGCUCCAACUCCAGCGCGAGCGGCGAUGGGCGCGCGGGCGCGGGCCGGCUGAGCGGCGGCGGCGGCGGCUCGGGGACGGCGCGACCCCCGCCCCCCGCUCCCGCCCCUCGCUCCGGACCGACCACGCCGCUCUCGCCGGGAGCGGCGGCCGCACCGGCGCGAACAAAGUGCGUCCCUCCCGGCGCGGCAGGCGGCGGCGGCCCGCGCGGGGACAGCCCCCCGGCGAGGACCCAGAUCCAGACUUUGCCUGACACUGCAGGGUCCAAGAGAAUUAAAGAAAUAUGGAAUGACACGGAGAAGAUUAGCUGAGGAUUACAGGCUUUGAGGACAGCACCUCAGUGACACGAAGCACAGACACGCUCCCGAGCUGUGGUGGGCAGGGGCCCCGUGCUGGCAGACGAUGGCGGACCCGGGAAUGAUGAGUCUCUUUGGCGAGGACGGGAAUAUUUUCAGCGAAGGCCUGGAAGGCCUCCCAGAAUGCGGUUAUCCUGAGAACCCAGUGAAUCCCAUGGGCCAGCAAAUGCCGAUGGACCAAGGCUUUGCCUCCUUGCAGUCAUCCCUUCACCACCCCUCCACCAACCAGAGCCAGUCCAAGCUGACCCACUUUGACCACUAUAAUCAGUACGAGCAGCAGAAGAUGCACCUGCUGGAGCAGCCCGGCAGGAUGAUGGGCGGCAGCCCCGGGAACGGGCUGGCGUCCCCCCACUCGCAGUACCACACCCCGCCUGUCCCUCAGGUCCCGCACGGCGGCAGCAGCGGCGCCCAGAUGGGGGUGUACCCCGGCAUGCAGAGUGAGAGGCACGGGCAGCCUUUUGUGGACAGCGGCUCCCUGUGGGGACCGCGGGCCGUGCAGCUGCCCGACCAGAUACGGGCCCCCUACCAGCAGCCGCCACCUCCGCAGCCCCCGCAGCCCCCCCAGCCUCCGCAGCCAGCCCCAUCGGGGCCCCCCGCUCAGGGCCACCCCCAGCACAUGCAGCAGAUGGGGAGCUACAUGGCGCGUGGGGACUUCUCACUGCAGCAGCACGGCCAGCCGCCGCAGAGGAUGGGCCAGUUUUCCCAAGGCCAGGAGGGCCUCGGUCAGGGCAACCCUUUCAUCGCCGCCUCAGGCCCCGGCCACCUGCCGCACGUGCCCCAGCAGAGCCCGGGCCUGGCGCCGUCCCUGCGCCACUCGGUGCAGCAGUUUCACCACCACCCCCCGGCUGCUCUCCACGGAGAAUCGGUGGCCCACAGCCCCCGGUUCUCCCCGAAUCCGCCUCAGCAGGGGGCUGUUAGGCCACAAACCCUUAACUUUAGUUCUCGGAGCCAGACGGUCCCCUCACCUACUAUAAACAACUCAGGGCAGUAUUCUCGAUAUCCUUACAGUAACCUAAAUCAGGGAUUAGUUAACAAUACAGGGAUGAAUCAAAAUUUAGGCCUUACAAAUAAUACCCCCAUGAAUCAGUCCGUACCAAGAUACCCCAAUGCUGUAGGAUUUCCAUCAAACAGUGGUCAAGGACUAGUGCACCAGCAGCCCCUCCACCCCAGCGGCUCACUUAACCAAAUGAACACACAAACUAUGCAUCCUUCACAGCCUCAGGGAACUUACGCCUCUCCACCUCCCAUGUCACCCAUGAAAGCAAUGAGUAACCCAGCGGGCACCCCUCCUCCGCAGGUCAGGCCUGGCAGCGCUGGCAUACCAAUGGAAGUUGGCAGUUAUCCAAAUAUCCCCCACCCCCAGCCGCCUCACCAGCCCCCCGGAGCCAUGGGAAUCGGACAGAGGAAUAUGGGCCCCCGAAGCCUGCUGCAGUCUCGUCCGUUCCUGGGCAUGUCCUCGGCGCCGAGGGAGCUGGCCGGGCACCUGAGGCCCAACGGCUGCCCAGGCGUCGGCCUCGCCGAGCCGCAAGCCAUGGCAGAGCGGCUCCUCCCCGGCCAGCAGCCGCCCUUCCCGCCGCUGCCCGCCUGCCCUCCGAUGCAGCCCCACCCGGGGAGCCUGCACCACCAGCCCUCCCCGCCGCCGCAUCCUCACCACCAGCCCUGGGCACAGCUCCACCCCUCUCCCCAGAACACCCCGCAGAAAGUGCCUGUGCGCCAGCAUUCUCCAUCGGAGCCCUUUCUAGAGAAGCCAGUGCCGGAUGUGACUCAGGUUAGUGGGCCGAAAGCUCAGCUAGCGAAGAGCGACGAUUACCUGCCGUCCAGAGAGCAGCAGCCGCAGCAAAAGAAGAAGAAAAAGAAAAACAACCACAUUGUUGCAGAGGAUCCCAGUAAAAGUUUCGGUAAAGAUGACUUCCCUGGUGGGGUUGACAACCAAGAACUAAACAGGAACUCACUAGAUGGGUCCCAGGAAGAAAAAAAGAAAAAGAAAAGGCCUAAGGCAAAAAAAGAUCCGAAGGAACCGAAAGAACCCAAGGAGAAAAAAGAGCCCAAGGAACCCAAGACCCCGAAAGCCCCUAAGAUCCCCAAAGAGCCAAAGGAAAAGAAAGCAAAAACUGCCACGCCAAAACCCAAGUCCAGCAAAAAGUCAAGUAAUAAGAAACCUGAUUCAGAAGCAAGUGCUUUGAAGAAAAAGGUCAACAAGGGAAAAACAGAAGGUUCUGAAAAUUCAGACUUAGAAAAAACACCCCCACCAUCUCCUCCUCCUGAAGAAGACGACGACCCAGGUGUUCAGAAGCGACGUUCCAGCAGGCAGGUGAAGAGGAAGCGGUACACGGAGGACCUGGAGUUCAAGAUCUCUGACGAGGAGGCAGAGGACGCCGAGGCGGCCGGGCGGGACUCGCCCUCCAACACCUCGCAGUCAGAGCAGCAGGAAUCUGUUGAUGCAGAAGGCCCAGUGGUAGAAAAAAUCAUGAGUAGUCGUUCAGUAAAAAAACAGAAGGAAUCUGGAGAGGAGGUAGAAGUUGAAGAAUUCUAUGUGAAAUACAAAAACUUCUCUUACCUUCAUUGUCAGUGGGCAUCUGUAGAAGAUCUGGAAAAAGAUAAGAGAAUUCAGCAAAAGAUUAAACGAUUUAAGGCAAAGCAGGGCCAGAACAAAUUCCUUUCAGAGAUUGAGGAUGAGCUUUUUAAUCCAGAUUAUGUGGAGGUUGACCGGAUAAUGGACUUUGCCCGUAGCACGGACGACCGGGGAGAGCCUGUGACUCACUAUCUGGUGAAGUGGUGCUCACUCCCUUAUGAGGACAGCACAUGGGAGCUAAGGCAGGACAUUGAUCAAGCCAAGAUUGAUGAGUUCGAGAAACUAAUGUCCAGGGAGCCGGAAACAGAGCGUGUGGAGCGACCUCCUGCUGAUGAUUGGAAGAAAUCGGAGAGUUCCAGGGAGUAUAAAAACAAUAACAAACUCAGGGAAUACCAGUUGGAGGGAGUAAACUGGCUACUUUUCAAUUGGUACAACAUGCGAAACUGCAUUUUAGCAGAUGAAAUGGGUUUGGGAAAAACCAUCCAGUCCAUUACAUUUCUCUAUGAGAUAUAUUUGCAAGGAAUCCAUGGCCCUUUUUUAGUAAUUGCCCCGCUGUCCACAAUCCCCAACUGGGAGAGGGAAUUCCGUACCUGGACGGAGCUGAACGUGGUGGUGUACCACGGGAGCCAAGCCAGUCGUAGGACCAUUCAGGUGUAUGAAAUGUACUUCAAAGACCCGCAGGGUCGCGUGAUAAAGGGGUCCUAUAAGUUUCAUGCCAUCAUCACUACAUUUGAGAUGAUCUUGACCGACUGUCCUGAGCUGCGGAAUAUUCCAUGGCGCUGCGUGGUCAUCGACGAAGCCCACAGGCUGAAGAAUAGGAACUGCAAGCUCUUGGAGGGACUCAAGAUGAUGGACUUGGAGCAUAAGGUGCUGCUGACGGGCACGCCCCUGCAGAACACCGUGGAAGAGCUGUUCAGCCUGCUUCACUUCUUGGAACCAAGUCGCUUCCCUUCAGAAACCACCUUCAUGCAAGAAUUUGGUGACCUGAAAACUGAAGAGCAGGUGCAAAAACUUCAGGCUAUUCUAAAGCCAAUGAUGUUGAGACGCCUCAAGGAGGAUGUAGAAAAGAACUUGGCCCCCAAAGAAGAGACUAUUAUUGAAGUUGAGCUAACAAACAUUCAGAAGAAAUAUUACCGAGCCAUCCUUGAGAAGAAUUUUACGUUUCUUUCCAAAGGUGGUGGUCAAGCUAACGUCCCUAACCUUUUAAACACUAUGAUGGAAUUACGAAAGUGCUGCAAUCAUCCAUACCUUAUCAAUGGUGCUGAAGAGAAAAUUUUGGAAGAGUUUAAAGAAACACACAAUGCAGAGUCUCCAGAUUUUCAGCUCCAGGCAAUGAUCCAGGCUGCCGGCAAGCUCGUGCUGAUUGACAAGCUGCUGCCAAAGCUGAAGGCUGGUGGCCACAGGGUGCUUAUCUUUUCCCAGAUGGUGCGCUGCUUGGACAUACUGGAAGACUACCUCAUUCAGAGACGGUACCCGUACGAAAGAAUUGACGGCCGAGUAAGAGGCAACCUCCGCCAGGCAGCUAUCGACCGAUUCUCCAAGCCUGACUCCGAUAGGUUUGUUUUCCUCCUGUGCACACGGGCAGGAGGGUUAGGCAUUAAUCUUACAGCUGCUGAUACCUGCAUCAUCUUUGAUUCAGACUGGAACCCCCAAAACGACCUCCAGGCUCAGGCUAGAUGUCACAGAAUAGGACAGAGCAAAUCUGUGAAAAUCUACAGGCUGAUUACUAGAAAUUCUUAUGAAAGAGAAAUGUUCGACAAAGCUAGUUUGAAGCUUGGUCUGGAUAAAGCCGUGCUGCAGUCCAUGAGUGGGAGAGAAAAUGCUGCCAACGGGGUACAACAGCUCUCCAAGAAGGAAAUAGAGGAUCUUCUACGGAAAGGGGCCUACGGCGCACUCAUGGAUGAGGAGGACGAAGGGUCUAAAUUCUGCGAAGAGGACAUCGACCAGAUUCUCCUCCGGCGAACCCACACCAUCACCAUUGAGUCCGAAGGCAAAGGGUCCACGUUUGCCAAGGCCAGUUUUGUUGCCUCUGGAAAUAGGACAGAUAUUUCGUUGGAUGAUCCAAAUUUCUGGCAGAAGUGGGCUAAGAAGGCUGAACUGGAUAUCGAUGCCCUAAAUGGGAGGAAUAACCUGGUUAUCGACACUCCACGAGUGAGAAAGCAAACCAGGCUCUACAGCGCGGUGAAGGAAGACGAGCUGAUGGAAUUUUCAGACUUGGAAAGCGAUUCCGAGGAGAAGCCCUGCGUGAAGCCCCGGCGACCGCAGGACAAGUCACAGGGCUACGCCCGGAGCGAGUGUUUCAGGGUCGAGAAGAACCUGCUUGUUUAUGGCUGGGGGCGGUGGACGGACAUCCUCUCCCACGGACGCUACAAGCGCCCGCUCAGCGAGCAGGACGUGGAAACCAUCUGCCGGACCAUCCUGGUGUACUGUCUCAACCACUACAGAGGGGAUGAGAACAUCAAAAGCUUCAUCUGGGACCUGAUCACACCCACAGCUGACGGGCAGACGCGUGCCCUGGCCAACCACUCGGGUCUGUCGGCCCCUGUGCCGAGGGGAAGGAAGGGGAAGAAGGUGAAGGCCCAGAGCACGCAGCCGCUGGUGCAGGACGCAGACUGGCUGGUGGGCUGCAACCCCGACGCCCUGUUCCAGGAGGACAGCUACAAGAAGCACCUGAAGCACCACUGCAACAAGGUCCUGCUGCGUGUCCGCAUGCUGUACUACCUAAGACAAGAAGUGAUAGGCGAGCAGGCAGAGAAGAUCCUAGAGGGUGCUGACUCAAGCGAAGCAGAUGUGUGGAUUCCUGAGCCUUUCCAUGCUGAAGUUCCUACAGAUUGGUGGGAUAAGGAAGCAGAUAAAUCCCUUUUAAUUGGAGUGUUCAAACAUGGCUACGAGAAGUACAAUUCCAUGCGCGCGGACCCCGCACUGUGUUUUCUGGAGCGAGUUGGCAUGCCUGAUGCCAAGGCCAUAGCUGCCGAGCAGAGAGGGACAGACAUGCUAACAGAUGGCGGUGACGGGGGAGAAUUUGACAGAGAAGAUGAAGACCCAGAAUAUAAACCAACCAGAACUCCAUUCAAGGAUGAAAUCGAUGAAUUUGCAAAUUCUCCUCCGGAGGAUAAGGAAGAAUCCGUGGAAAUACACACUACAGGCAAGCGCGGGGAGAGCAGUGCGGAGCUGGGCCAGCUCUACUGGCCCAACACCUCGGCCCUGACCACGCGCCUGCGGCGGCUCAUCACGGCCUACCAGCGCAGCUACAAGCGGCAGCAGCUGCGGCAGGAGGCCCUCACCAAGACCGACCGGCGCCGGCGGCGGCCGCGCGAGGAAGUGCGCGCGCUCGAGGCGGAGAGGGAGGCCAUCAUAUCCGAGAAACGGCAGAAAUGGACGAGAAGAGAAGAGGCUGAUUUUUACCGCGUGGUGUCCACGUUCGGGGUUAUUUUUGACCGCAUCAAGCAGCAGUUUGACUGGAACCAGUUCCGAGCCUUUGCCAGACUUGACAAGAAGUCGGACGAGAGCCUGGAGAAGUACUUCGGCUGCUUCGUGGCCAUGUGCAGGCGGGUGUGUCGCAUGCCCUCCAAGCCGGGUGACGAGCCGCCCGAGCUCGCCUGCAUGAUCGAGCCCAUCACCGAGGAGCGCGCCUCCAGGACGCUGUACCGCAUAGAGCUGCUGCGGAAGAUUCGCGAGCAGGUUCUUCACCACCCGCAGCUGGGAGAGCGGCUCAAGCUGUGCCAGCCGAGCCUGGACCUGCCGGAGUGGUGGGAGUGUGGCCGGCACGACCGGGACUUACUGGUCGGCGCGGCCAAGCACGGGGUCAGCCGGACGGACUACCACAUCCUCAACGACCCCGAGCUGUCCUUCUUGGACGCGCACAAGAGCUUCGCGCAGAACAGGGGCGCGGGCAGCAUAGCCUCCCUGACCCCGCUGGCGGUGGGGUUUGGGCAGACUGCCGCCAUCAUCCCUUCCACUCACAUCCCAGACGAAAAGGUGACGGACCCGGCCGAGGGGAACGCGGAGGAGUCUGAAGGCGCAGCCGCCAAGGAGAAGCGCACGGGGAGAGAGGAAGAGGACCCCGGCGGCAGGGAGAAGGACAUGCGUCAGGGCCGGGAGGCCGAGGCCAGCUCGGCCAAGGGCGAGCUGAAAGGCCUGGAGGUCAGCGCGGACGCAGGGCCCAAGUCCAUCUCGGAGAAGGGCUCGGAAGAGGACGAGGAGGAAAAGCUGGAGGACGACGAUAAAUCCGAAGAGUCGUCCCAACCCGAAGGAGCCGUUUCCAGAGGGAAGAAUUUUGAUGAAGAAAGCAAUGCUUCCAUGAGCACUGCUCGGGAUGAAACCCGAGACGGGUUCUACCUGGAGGACGGAGACCCUUCAGUGGCUCAGCUCCUUCAUGAGAGGACGUUUUCCUUCUCGUUUUGGCCUAAGGAUCGAGUCAUGAUAAACCGCCUAGACAACAUCUGCGAGGCAGUGAUGAAAGGCAAGUGGCCAGUCAAUCGGCGGCAGCUGUUUGACUUCCAGGGGCUGGUACCGGGUUACACGCCCAGCGCCACGGACGGGCCCCUGCAGAAGAGGAGCUUUGCAGAGCUCUCCAUGGUGGGGCAGGCAGGCAUCGGCGGGAAUGAUGACGUCACCUCUUCUCCCCAGUUAGCAAAGGAAGAUGCCCUCAACCUGUCAGUCCCUCGCCAACGGAGGAGGCGGAGGCGGAAAAUCGAAAUCGAGGCCGAGCGAGCUGCAAAGCGGCGCAAUCUCAUGGAGAUGGUUGCCCAACUACGGGAGUCUCAGGUGGUCUCAGAAAAUGGACAAGAAAAAGUUGUAGAUUUAUCAAAGGCCUCAAGAGAGGCGACCAGUUCUACCUCAAAUUUCUCAUCUCUUACUUCAAAGUUUAUCUUGCCCACUGUCUCGACCCCAGUCUCCGAUGCCUUCAAGACGCAAAUGGAGCUGCUGCAGGCAGGCCUGUCGCGCCCGCCCGCCAGGCACCUGCUCAAUGGCUCCCUGGUGGACGGAGAACCUCCCCUGAAGAGGAGGCGGGGACGGAGGAAAAACGUAGAGGGCCUCGACCUGCUUUUCCUGAGCCACAAACGGACGUCGCUGAGUGCUGAGGAUGCUGAGGUGACCAAAGCUUUUGAAGAAGACAUAGAGACCCCACCAACAAGAAACAUUCCUUCUCCCGGAGAGCUGGACCCAGACACACGGAUCCCCGUUAUAAAUCUAGAAGACGGGACAAGGCUGGUGGGGGAAGACGCUCCUAAAAAUAAGGAUUUAGUUGAAUGGCUUAAGCUGCAUCCGACUUACACUGUCGAUAUGCCAAGUUAUGUACCAAAGAAUGCAGAUAUGCUGUUCUCCUCAUUUCAGAAACCGAAACAGAAACGACAUAGGUGUCGAAACCCUAAUAAAUUGGAUAUAAACACUUUGACAGGAGAGGAGAGGGUGCCUGUUGUCAAUAAACGCAGCGGGAAGAAGAUGGGUGGAGCCAUGGCCCCUCCCAUGAAGGAUCUCCCCAGGUGGCUAGAAGAAAAUCCUGAGUUUGCAGUCGCCCCAGACUGGACCGGCAUCGUCAAGCAGUCUGGCUUCGUUCCAGAGUCCAUGUUUGACCGUCUGCUCACUGGGCCUGUGGUGAGGGGAGAAGGAGCGAGCAGGAGAGGACGAAGGCCCAAGAGUGAAAUCGCCAGGGCUGCCGCCGCCGCGGCUGCUGUGGCCUCCACUUCCGGGAUCAACCCUCUGCUGGUGAACAGCCUGUUUGCUGGAAUGGACCUCACGAGCCUCCAGAAUCUCCAGAAUCUCCAGUCUCUCCAGCUGGCAGGCCUCAUGGGCUUCCCUCCGGGACUGGCGGCAGCUGCGGCCGCGGGCAGCGACUCCAAGAGCCCGGCCGCCGUGCUGCCCCUGGUGCUGCCGGGCAUGGCCGGGCUGCCCAACGUGUUCGGGCUGGGCGGGCUGCUCAACAGCCCCCUGUCCGCCCCCGCUGCUGGAAACACCCCUGCUGCCUCGAGUCAGGGAGAGCCGGAAGACGGCCCUUCCAAAGGAGACGAGAAAGGAACGGAGAACCAAGAGGAGAACAAAGACUCUGAGAAAAGCACAGACGCUGUCCCGGCCACGGACUCUGCAAACGGAUCUGUUGGUGCUGCUACUGCCCCGGCCGGCCUGCCCUCCAGCCCGCUGGCCUUCAGCCCUUUCCUGCUGUCCACCAUGGCCCCCGGCCUCUUCUACCCGUCCAUGUUCCUACCUCCAGGACUGGGAGGGUUGACCCUGCCUGGCUUCCCAGCCUUGGCAGGACUGCAGAACGCCAUGGGCUCCGGCGAGGACAAGGCUGCCGACAAGGCCGAGGGGGCCCCCUUCAAGGACGAGGAGAACCCCGAAGGCAGCGACGCCGAGGGGAGCCUGGACAAGACGGCAGAGUCCUCCGUCCUCGAAGACGAAAUAGCACAGGGUGAAGAGCUGGACUCACUCGAUGGGGGGGAUGAAAUAGAACACCAGGAGAAUGACGAAUAACCAGUACCAGUUCCAGUUAAAGUGUUCAGAACUUUCGACAAGUGGUAGUCCUACUGUUUACACUCACAGUUAAUGUUCAUACCUAGUUUUAUAAGCUGUUCUGUAACAUAGUGUAGCAAAAAAAAAAACAAAAAAAGUCCAAGUCAUGUUAUACAGAUGUGUCAAAAGGUAUCUUGGUCAUUAAGUAUUGUGCAGUGCAUUAUUUAUUAUCCCUAGGAGAGAUGAAAUUUGAGAGGUGAUCAUGUGUUUUUAAGGAAACUUACAUAAUGCUCUGCUUUUUUUUUUUUUUUUUUUUUCUUUUGGUACCAUUGGUAUUAUAAUAAAAGAGCAAUUUGUGACUGAGCAGCACUAAUGGAAGGAAGUGCUGCUUAAAGGAAGUAUGAAGUUAUAUAUUUAAUUUUUUAAUUUUAAUUUUAAUUUUUUUUUUCUUUUUUGCUGUGAAGGUCAAGAUGAAAUGUACCAUACAUAUCAUACCUGCUCUUUUUUUUUUUUUUUUUCCCCUUUAUGACUGUAUGGGUUUCCCACCCUUGUGCUCACACACACACAUCCAUACACUCUGACAAUCUCCACGUUCGUGUGAACGUCUCGGACUCGAGACGCAGCAAUAAUAAGGCAGCUGUUGAAUGUGAAGGGUCCCUUUUGGAAAUUAACCUACUGGGCGGGUUCUUGCCAGACAGAACUCCAUUUCCAUUGUCUCGUGAUCUUGUAAUGCACUGGUAUAAACGAAAUAAAUAGAUAAAUAAAUAAAGAGUGAGAGAAGAGAGAAUCAGGUACCUUUUUAAAAUUAAAGGACUUUGUUACUUUAGCCACAAAGCUAAACAGCAUUACCUCAGCUCUAAACUAGCCUUGAAGUUUACAGACAUGACUUUGUAAAUGUAUUGUUUUUCUUUGUUGUGAUGUCCUUUUAUUUUUUUCCUUUGAAAACUGCUAUCAUGUAAGAUAAAAUGUAAAUUGCUGCCAACUGUAGUAAUGAUGCUUUUAAUAAAAGUGACCCAUGAUAUGCAGA